GAAGAAGAAGCAGCAACAGCAGCAGAGAAGAAGACAUUCGGUUAUCAACGGAAGCUGCUGUGUGGGCACACGAGUUUAUUCAUGGUCACUUCUUAUUGAAAUAACAUCAGAGAGUAACUCGGGUGGUGGACUAAACAGAGACCCGGACCCAUCCUGUGUGGUGGACUAAACAGAGACCCGGACCCAUCCUGUGUGGUGGACUAAACAGAGACCCGGACCCAUCCUGUGUGGUGGACUAAACAGAGACCCGGACCCAUCCUGUGUGGUGGACUAAAUGUGCCAGGUAGAAGAGGACUAUCGUCGUCAGCUGGAGAGCGCGAACGUUUCCAGUGUUUCCAGGAAAUGCCUGAAAUGCAAAGAAGCGCCAGCGGCUGUGGUCGUCAGAGGUGGAGAUGCACACUGCAGGAUCUGUUUCAAGGAAAACUUCAUCCACAAGUUCCGAGCCAUGCUGGGUAAAACCAGAGUCAUUUUCCCUGGAGAGAAGGUGCUGCUGGCUGUAUCUGGAGGUCCUUCUUCCUGCUCAAUGCUCCGUCAGGUCCAGGAGGGUUUAAGCCAAGAUGCUCAUAAAAAGCUGAGGUUCCUUCCCGGCAUCGUCUACAUUGAUGAGGGUGGUGCUGUAGGUCGGUCUAUGGAGACGAGGCAGCGGACGGUGUCCGAGCUGCAGUCCAUAUUCAGAGCCACCGGUUUCCCCUUCCACAUCGUUCCUCUGGAGCAGGUUUUAGACCUUCCCAGUUCCGUUGUGUCAGCAGCUCCAUCAGUUUCAGGUCGACCAGCCGGCGCCUACAAAGCAGCAGUAGAUCACUUCAUUCAGGCUGGCAGCGAGGCAUCGCUGGAGGAGGAGCAGGAGGCGUCUCUGCCUGAUGUUCAGGAGUCUCAGACUCAUUUACUGCAGCAGCUGAUGGCUUCUGCUCAGACACUGACGGCCAAAGAAGACCUGCUAAGCAAAUUAAGACAGCAUCUGCUGGUGCACACAGCUCGAACUGAAGGCUACAGUAAAGUGAUGCUGGGAGAAAGCUGCACCAGACUGGCUGUCAGACUGCUCAGCGGCAUCUCCCUGGGCAGAGGGGCCCAGCUGGCUCAGGACACGGGUUUCUCAGACUCCAGAUAUGGUGACGUCAUAUCAGUGCGGCCGAUGAGGGAAUACUCCGCCAAAGAAAUUGCUUUCUAUAAUCACAUGUUCAGCGUGCCGUCUGUGGUCACACCUGGUCUGGACACUCAGAUCUCGGACAAGGCCAGUAUCCAGCGUCUGACAGAGAGCUUUGUUACUAAACUGCAGGCAGACUUUCCUUCUACUGUCAGCACAAUCUACAGGACCAGUGAGAAGCUGCAGACGGCCUGCAGGAUCUCCUCCGCUACUGAUGAUUGUGGCAGAUGUUUGCUCUGUAUGUGCCUCCUGGAUACGUCUGCAGAGAUGGCUUCAGCCCUCCAGGCCACGCUGAUCUCAGAUCAGCUCUCUCACAGUAAAUCUCCAGCUUCUGCAGUCCCAGGACAAGACCAAGGUCCAGCAAAACUAGAAGCAGCUGAUCCAGCAGGACGGUGCUGCUCUUCAGGCGGAGGAAAUCGGGGGGGAACCGGAGGUGGAGCAGGUUGCUGCUCUUCAGCUCAGAACUUUGAGACGACCGACCUGAAGAACCUGCUGUGUUACAGCUGUCAGCUGACCAUCAGAGACAUGACAUCAGUGGACCACCUCCCUCAGUACAUCCUAUCAGCAGCUCAGCGGAGGCAGAGGAGGUCUCUGAUGAGGGAGGAGAUCAGCCCCUUCCUGCUGGUGGAUGCUAACAGUGAGGGGGAAGAAGAGUGAGGAGUCCUGUCGGAUGGUAGAGGCAGAAACGGCUUCCCGCCAUUCUGGCAGACCUCGGAUACUUGGAUAUCUUCCUGAUGGAGAUGGAUCGGUUCUUGCUGGGAGAACUCUGGUGCAGAGACAAUUUUAUCAUGUGAUUAUGUAAUGAAUCAGUCUUUCCCCCUCAUUUAAAACCACUUCACCAGUUUCUGAUCAUUUCACUUAAUAAAAGUAUUAAAGAUGU